CACCAGGAAUAUUGGACUGAUUGGACGGAUUGGAGAUGGAGAGAACCAGUCCAUAUGGCAUUGAUGUAACUACGGUGCUUUGAAUUUUAGAAUAUUAAUUCUCCAACCUUUUGUAGUCAGUCUAUUGUUAAAUGGCUCUGCGCCAAAACAUUUCUUCAAAAACUCUAUUUCUGCCACAGUUAGAGACAAUUUUAAAACUGAAAUUUGUUUUGCUUGGCCGUGCCCCAAAGGGGCCUCUCUCCCUAAUUUGAGAACCAGUGAGCUAAGUAAAGAUGUACAGUUGUGUCUCAAUCUGAAUUAGUGACAGUGAUGUCCCCACUGGAGAGACGUGUCUGAGGCAGCAGAGGGUCACCGUGAUUGGCUGAGGUGAUGGAGGUCCUGAUCUGAAGGUGAACUGAAUUACAGCGCCACCCAGAGUUGAAUGACAGUAACGACCGCUAACUGUUAAAAACGUUACCACAACAAGAACGACCAAGACAAAGUCUGUAGAAUUCUACAUCAAAAGGAAUUGUCUGGUUUAAUUCCACAUUUGUCUUCCACUUCCUCCGUGUGAGUCCGUGAAGGAGAAUCUCGCCCACCCCAGCUUUAAACCUUAAGGAUUUUAACUCCUCCCUCUCGAGUUUCUCCACUGUGUGAACUCACAGCGGAGUGUGCUGUGGAUCCGGGUGCGAGUGGAAGUUGACGACGUGACUAUUUGAUUUUAAUCGUUUUGUGCAGAGCGGAGACCUGUUUUUGGUGGAAACGGGUCUCCGUCUGGCCCCGGGUCAGGUCAGACUCACGGACCGAUGGAACUGGAGAGGAAGAAAAAGGGGAAAUCACUUCGCUCAGGCAGAAGCGCCAUUCACUGGCGGAGCAACGUUUAACCGCUCCAUUUGUUUCUCUUCUUAGGUGGAAAUGUAUCUCACUGUCGUGUUUUGACAGCUCGCAAUUUUUGGACCAUGUAAAGAAAGUGUUUGCGCUCGUGUGUGGUGAGAUAUCGAGUCGGAUAUGUCUGAUGAGACGCCGAGUAAAAGCGUGGAAUGGCUGCAACUGGAGUUGGAGUCCGGGGCCACUUCUCUGCUGCUGCUGGACUGCCGUUCACACGAGCUCUACGAGUCGUCCCACAUCGAGACCGCCAUCAACCUGGUCAUACCGGGGCUGAUGCUGCGAAGGUUCAAGAAGGGCAACAUUCCCAUCCGGACCAUCAUUCCCAACCACGAGGACAAGGAGAAGUUCAUACGGCGCUGUAAGACGGACGCGGUGGUCCUGUACGACGAGUGCACCCUGGACUGGCAGGACGGCGUGACUGCGACCUCAGUUCUGGGUCUGCUGCUCCACAAGCUGUGGGAGGACGGCUGUAGAGCAUACUACCUGAAAGGUGGAUUUGCCAAGUUCCACACCAAGUACCCGGAGCACUGUGAGACGCUCCUCGAUAGUUCCUGUCCCAGUUCUUCUCCUCCGCUCUCUGUUCUGGGUUUUGGAAAUCUCCGGAUCAGCUCAGACUGUUCUGACGGGGAAUCGGACCGAGAGCCGAGCAGCGCCACGGAGUCCGAGGAGAGUCCCCUCCCCAGUAACCAGCCUGCCUUCCCCGUCCAGAUCUUACCCUAUCUUUACCUGGGCUGCGCCAAAGACUCCACCAACCUGGACGUGCUGGGCCAGUACAAUAUCAAGUACAUCCUCAACGUCACUCCUAAUCUCCCCAACAUGUUUGAGCACGACGGCCACUUCAGGUACAAACAGAUUCCCAUUUCGGACCACUGGAGUCAGAACCUGUCUCAGUUCUUCCCAGAAGCCAUAUCUUUUAUAGAUGAGGCCCGUUCAAAGCAGUGUGGAAUUCUGGUCCACUGUUUGGCCGGCAUCAGCCGCUCGGUCACGGUCACCGUGGCCUAUCUGAUGCAGAGACUGAAUCUUUCUCUCAAUGAUGCGUACGACUUUGUCAAGAGGAAAAAGUCCAACAUUUCCCCCAACUUCAACUUUAUGGGCCAGCUCCUGGACUUUGAGAGGACGCUGGGUUUGCACAGUCCCUGUGACAACCGCUCGACCAAUGAGGAGCAGCUCUUUUUCACCACGCCAACCAAUCACAACGUCUUCCAGCUGGACACACUGGAAUCGACAUGAGGAUUAACUGGACGGCUUUUCUCUGGAUUCCUGUGCUCUCGCUGAGGUUUUCCGAGCUGCUCAGAUGCCCAACUAGACUGUAACAACAGACUGUAAGUCCGUUGUUAUAUUUCUGAUCUUUUCAGGAAACACUGUCCGUGUGCAGAAAACGUGCUGCAUUUAAUCCAGUCUUAAUGCCUUAAUAUCUAUCCAACGUACACGGCUUCAUGAAACGCUCGUGUGAAGCCAUGAUGACGGGACAUUUCUUAACCUUUGAGUUUAAUCCAGGACUGUUGUCUGACUGUUAUCUGCUGUUCAACAGCUGUUAUGUCUCUGCGUUGGUGGCGAUUAUUGCCUUGUUGUCGUGAACGUCGACGCGUCGAGUGUUUGUCGACCCGAAUGUUCUCUGUGGAUUAUGCAGAGUUGGUAUUUUAGCUGAGGUGAAUAAGCUACUGCAACCGUCGAAUCAUCAUCCAGUCCUUGUCCUUAAGACAGUUGUCUGUCUCACAGCUCAGUUGAGUCAGUGUGUUUCCCAACCACUGUGCUGCGACAUGUUGUUUUGUGAGAACAUUAGUUUUACCCUGGUAAAUUAUCCAAACACUGAGUCUAUCUGACCAGUGAAGUCAGUUUUCGUGUUUUCAGUUAGAACGCUUUACCAAAACAAGCUGCACUUAAAUGUUCAUUUCUUUUUUUAGAAACAUUCCACCGCUAACACCUGUAUUAUCUGAAUGGUUCUACUUUCUACUGCAACUUAGAACCUUGAGGUCGGAGUUCCUGCUGUUGCCCAGGCUUUGAUUAAUAAUCAUUAAACUAACUACAAACAGACUGUUUAUAACGCAAAAGUGAUGAAGGACGGGCGUCCACUUUUUUCAUUUAGCUACUUUUUCGCCAACACAGUAAAGUUAAAGGACGCAGACAAUGUAAUUGGCUGUUCUCUAUCACCUGUCGCAUCUCGGAACAAAUGAGUGAGUCAGAUGUGUGAGAGUGAAAGGAAACAAGUUUGACUACAGAGUUCUUACCUCACACUUUCAGGGAUUUUUUUUAUAUACAACUCGUCUUUAUCUUCUCGUAGCCUCUGAAAACACAUCCAAAGGCUGUUGUUGUCGUCGUCAUCGUUCGCAUUGUUUCUCUCUGAGUACAUCAACCGUGAUGUUUUAACAAUUUUUCCUCUGAAUUGUGAAAAAGGCAGAAGUGAUUGGCUCUGACGUGAAGUAUAUGUCAAAUUAAAUUGCCCAAGUCUGUACGACUUUAUACAAUAAAUAUACUGUAUAUUUUUA